GAGGGAGGUGCCAUAGAAAAGCUAUUGGCAGAGAGAGAGAAGAAAGACGUAAGAAAAAAAUAAUUUGAAGGCAUUCAGCAGCUUUAGCGCCCUCAUCUUUUGUACCUCACUUAAGCAACAACAGCUAUUCUGAAAAAGAAAAGCCUUUAACAGAGAAGAAAACUGGAGAAAGAUGCAGAGCAGCAGGAAGAGGAGGACAUCUGACAGAUAAAACGAGGGAGCUCUGCAGCAGGAUCCCUACAGUGCUGUACACAGAACUGCGUGACUGGUCUCUGCAAGCAGAGGGAGGAGAGAGGAGAGAAGGGAGGAAGGUAGGAGAGAAAGAAAGGGGGAGGGGAGGCAAUUCAGUGCAGUGCUAGCAGACUGGAUGAGUAGCAGCCGCGGCAUAAGCAGCAACAUCAGCACCACUAGCCGUAGCAUCUUUCUUUGUGGCUGCUGGAGGCUGUCUUGUGGCUGCUCUACCAUCAACAGCCACAAGACAUACACACACACACACAAAUAUUUGGACACAGGCGCUCCUCGUGCUUGCCUCAUACACACACAUGUCGUGGUGGCCACCAGAGAAGAGGUAGUAAGUGACGGGGCUCAGGGGACAGAGGGACACAGGAAGAGGAAACCGGGACGACUGGUGGUAGUGCAAACAGGAGGAGGGCUGGAGUGACCGUGACUGGAGCAGCAGCAACAGUAGCAGCGGCACCAUGGCGCAAGCCGCCAAGCAGCUCCGCAAGACCAAGGACCUUGCGGAGGCCGCCGCCCAGGAGCAGAGAGAGAAGGAGGAGGAAAAGAUAAAAAAGAGGAAUCGAUCCAGGGACCGCAGGCGCAAGGCCGAUGCAGCCACCAGCUUUCUGCGUGCAGCUCGUUCAGGGAACCUGGACAAGGCGCUCGAUCACAUCAAGAAUGGAAUCGACAUCAACAUAGCUAAUCAAAAUGGUCUUAACGGGUUACACCUCGCCUCUAAAGAAGGCCACGUCAAAAUGGUCUUGGAAUUACUCCAUGCUGGCAUUGAGCUGGAAGCAACUACAAAGAAAGGGAACACUGCUCUCCAUAUCGCAGCGCUGGCAGGGCAGGAGAAGGUGGUGGCUGAGCUCGUCAACUAUGGUGCCAAUGUUAAUGCCCAGUCACAUAAAGGGUUCAGUCCUCUCUACAUGGCAGCACAGGAGAACCAUUUAGAAGUGGUCAAAUUUCUGCUUGAAAAUGGUGCCAAUCAAAGUCUCCCAACUGAGGAUGGCUUCACUCCCCUUGCAGUGGCCCUCCAGCAGGGCCACGAAAACGUAGUGGCACUGCUCAUCAACUAUGGCACCAAGGGCAAGGUCCGCCUCCCUGCCCUGCACAUUGCUGCAAGAAACGAUGACACGCGCACUGCUGCAGUUCUCCUGCAGAACGACCCCAACCCCGAUGUUCUUAGCAAGACUGGUUUCACACCUCUGCAUAUUGCAGCUCACUAUGAAAAUAUGAGUGUAGCCCAGCUGCUGCUGAACAGAGGAGCGAAUGUAAACUUCACCCCCAAGAAUGGCAUCACACCCCUUCAUAUAGCCUCUAGGAGGGGCAAUGUAAUGAUGGUCAGACUAUUGCUGGACAGAGGAGCACAGAUUGAUGCCAAAACUAAGGAUGAGCUGACUCCUCUCCACUGUGCAGCUAGGAAUGGUCACGUUCGCAUUAUUGAGAUCCUGCUAGAACACGGUGCUCCCAUCCAGGCUAAAACUAAGAACGGUCUGUCCCCCAUCCACAUGGCAGCUCAGGGGGAUCACAUGGACUGUGUCAGGCAGCUACUCCAGUAUAAUGCUGAGAUUGAUGAUAUCACACUAGACCAUUUAACUCCUCUUCAUGUAGCAGCCCACUGCGGUCACCAUCGCAUGGCCAAAGUUCUCCUGGACAAGGGGGCCAAAGCCAAUGCACGGGCUCUGAAUGGCUUCACACCAUUGCAUAUUGCUUGCAAGAAGAACCACAUGCGGUCUAUGGACCUGCUGCUUAAGCACUCUGCUUCCUUAGAGGCUGUCACAGAGUCUGGUCUCACUCCUCUUCAUGUAGCAGCUUUCAUGGGGCAUCUGAACAUAGUGAAAAACCUGCUCCAAAGAGGGGCUUCACCCAAUGCUUCCAAUGUGAAAGUGGAGACUCCCCUUCAUAUGGCCUCCAGAGCAGGACACUGUGAAGUUGCUCAGUUCCUGCUCCAGAACUCAGCACAAGUGGAUGCCAAGGCUAAGGAUGACCAGACACCUUUACACUGUGCAGCCCGUAUGGGCCACAAGGAGCUCGUCAAGCUGCUCCUUGAGCACAAGGCCAGCCCUGACUCAGCUACAACUGCAGGUCACACACCUUUACACAUUGCAGCACGUGAAGGACAUGUCCAGACUAUUCGAAUAUUAUUGGAUGCUGGAGCGGAGCAAAUAAAGAUGACAAAGAAAGGUUUCACUCCCCUCCAUGUGGCCUCCAAAUACGGAAAGGUAGAUGUGGCUGAACUCCUUCUGGAAAGAGGAGCAAACCCAAAUGCAGCUGGGAAGAACGGUCUGACACCCCUUCAUGUGGCCGUCCAUCACAACAACCUGGAUGUUGUUAAACUCCUGGUCAGCAAGGGAGGAUCUGCACACAGCACUGCCCGAAAUGGAUACACUCCCCUUCACAUAGCAGCCAAGCAGAACCAGAUGGAGGUGGCCAGUUGUCUUCUUCAGAAUGGGGCAUCACCCAAUUCUGAGUCCCUCCAAGGCAUCACGCCCCUACACCUGGCUUCACAGGAGGGACGGCCUGACAUGGUGGCUCUGCUCAUUUCCAAACAGGCCAACGUAAAUCUUGGAAACAAGAAUGGACUGACUCCUCUGCAUCUUGUGGCCCAGGAGGGUCACGUGGGCAUCGCAGACACUUUGGUCAAACAGGGGGCAUCUGUUUAUGCUGCUUCACGUAUGGGCUACACACCCCUUCAUGUGGCCUGUCAUUAUGGCAACAUCAAGAUGGUGAAGUUCCUUCUGCAGCAGCAGGCUCACGUGAACGCCAAGACUAGGAUGGGCUACACCCCUCUGCACCAGGCAGCCCAGCAGGGCCACACAGAUAUUGUCACACUCUUGCUGAAGCAUGGAGCCCAACCCAAUGAGAUUACCUCGAACGGCACGUCUCCCCUGGGCAUUGCUAAGAGGCUGGGUUACAUCUCUGUCAUUGAUGUGCUCAAGCUGGUAACCGAGGAGUCCGUUUCUGCGAUCACGACAGAGAAGCAUCGGAUGAGUUUCCCCGAAACUGUAGAUGAGAUUUUGGAUGUUUCAGAGGAUGAAGGGGUUGCCCAGCUAACGUUAGGAGACGAGUUGCUGGGGAUGGAUGGAGCUCGCUAUUUGAAGCUUGAUGAUUUUAAGGACCAGGACGAUGACUUUCUCUCCCCAAAGAAGACGCUCAGAGACUUUGAGGGCGGCAUGGGCACCACUCCGUAUUCUCCUGCUAUUCCCAGGAUCCCCUGUGUGUCACCAGAGACAGUUAUGCUGGAUCAGCACACCCCCGUCCCCUUGCCAAAAGAAUAUGAUGAAGAUUCUCUUAUCCCAAGCAGUCCAGCUACUGAGACUUCAGACAAUGUCAGCCCCGUAGCCAGCCCUAUUCACACUGGCUUCCUGGUGAGUUUCAUGGUGGAUGCCCGAGGGGGCUCCAUGCGAGGCAGCAGGCACCAUGGCCUACGAGUGAUCAUCCCUCCCCGAACCUGCGCUGCACCGACGCGCAUCACUUGCCGUCUCGUUAAACCCCAGAAACUGAGCACGCCUCCUCCACUAGUGGAGGGCGAGGGCCUCGCUAGCCGGAUCAUCUCCCUGGGGCCAUCCAGUAUGCAGUUCCUCGGACCAGUGAUAGUAGAAAUCCCUCACUUUGCCUCAUUGGGACGAGGAGACAGAGAGCUUGUGGUGCUCCGCAGUGAGAACGGCUCGGUCUGGAAGGAACAUCGCAAUCGCUAUGGCGACGAAGUGCUGGAAACUAUUCUGAAUGGCAUGGAUGAAGACUUGGAGAGCCAAGAGGAGCUGGAGAAGAAGAGAAUCCGUCGAAUUAUCUCUACUGACUUCCCCCUCUACUUUGCAGUAGUGUCUCGUAUACAGCAGGAGAGUGAUCUCAUUGGUCCAGAGGGCGGUCGGCUGACCAGUAAGCUGGUCCCUCAAGUUGAGGCUAUCUUCCCUGAGACUGCUGUCACCAAGAGAGUGAGGCUGGGACUGCAGGCACAACCAAUCCCUGAUGAACUGCUGACCAGGCAGCUUGGUAACCAAGCUACCUUCAGCCCAGUGGUUACCAUCGAACCUCGGCGGCGCAAAUUUCACCGUCCAAUCGGAUUGCGCAUUCCUUUACCACCUUCGUGGAGGGAGAGCCGUCGUGAUGCCGGCGAGGGUGAUACCACCAGCUUGCGUCUCCUCUGCAGUGUCAUUGGUGGAACAGCACCAGCUCAGUGGGAGGACAUCACUGGAACCACCAAGCUGAUGUACGCCAACAACUGUGCCAAUUUUACCACCAAUGUGUCUGCAAGAUUCUGGCUGGCAGACUGUCCACGUACGGCAGAGGUGGUGACCUUUGCCAACCUGCUGUACAGGGAGCUAAUGGCAGUCCCAUAUAUGGCCAAGUUUGUUAUUUUUGCCAAGAUGAAUGAGGCACGUGAGGGACGCCUGCGUUGUUACUGCAUGACAGAUGACAAGAUGGACAAAACUCUGGAGCUGCACGAAAACUUCACCGAGGUGGCCCGGAGUCGAGAUAUUGAGCUAAUGGAGGGCAUGCCUCUCUACCUGGAGUGUUCUGGGAACUUGGUGCCCAUUCGGAAGGCCACUCAGCAGCCUCGUAGCUUCAGCUUCCAGGCCUUCCGAGAUAACAGACUGCCUGUCUCUGUCAAGGUCAGAGACAGUAACAAGGAUGCCACCGGGUUUUUGUCUUUUCUGCGGAAGGGCACCAAGUACGAGGACACACAACACGUACUGUGUAACCUUAAUAUAACCAUGCCACCUUGUGUCAAGGUUGUUGGAAGUGAGGAGCGCAGACGAACUUUAACCCCUCUCGCUCUGAGAGAACGCUACAGUGCAUUGAACGAGCCCGGCGUGGCCACAGUGAAUGCCAUGGAGAGGACUGAGCUCAAAAUCAACAUCAUAUCCGAACAGCUGGGUUUAAGCUGGGCAGAGUUAGCACGAGAGCUUCAGUUUGGUGUGGACGACAUCAAUAGGAUCCGUGUGGAGAAUCCAAACUCCUUGCUGGACCAGAGCUCUGCCCUGCUCAGCCUGUGGGCCAGCAGAGAGGGCAAAAGGGCCAAGAUGGAGAGCCUCUACAUUGCUCUGAAGAACAUCGAUCGUGCAGAUAUUGUAACCUCUCUGGAGGGUCAGGCUCCGCAACCAGCACCUGGUUCUUCAGAGGAGGGCGCCUGUCGGCUCGGUGACCGCGACUCCACUCUGUUGUCCCCCAGCGUCAUUAAUGAGAUCACGGACACAAGGCCAUCGCGCCUAGUGCACAAGCCACGCGUUAUUAGACCCCCGUUUUUCAGAAGGGGUUAUGGGCUGGUGCAGGAGGAGCUUCUGUCCCCGGCCUCCAUGCAGUACAGCUUGCCAUCUCCACUGGGCGUGGAGCCCUACUGGCAAGAGGUCUCCAGCCUCGAGUGCGCCCCUAUUGCCACCACAGAGGAAGACACAUUAAUGGAGAUGUCGGACGUUCAGGUGUGGCCAGCAGGGGUCAGCCCCUCUCUGGUUACAGUGGAGGACUCGUCACUAGAGGGCAGCAGUCGGGCUGACGACUCAGAGGGCGCCACACUCUCCUUACCCUGCAGCUUGGGUCGCCCAAGCAGUGGAGCCAGCGGGGCCAGCGGCUCCAUCAUGGAGCUGGAGGAAGAGGAGGAGGAGGAGGAGGAAGGGGAGGUUGAGGAGGAGGAGGCACCACAGGAGCCAGCAAGUGCACUGGCGGAAAGGGACAGGGUGAGGGCCAGUGGUGCCGUUCCCAAGGUCAAUCUAAAUGGCCAGCUGGGAGGUCAGAGGUCGGACGUGAGGAGAGUGGAGAGUGUGGCUGUAGGAGGAGGAACAAAAGGAGGAGGUGGAAUGGUAGGGCUGGGCUCAGUGGAAGGGAUUUCUGUUGUUUCAGGCCAACAGGUGUACUCCCAGAGGUGUGAGAUAACGGGGCUGGGUCGAGCUACAGAGCACAACGGAGACAACCGGAUGGUGGGAGGAGGAGCAUUUCAACCCUACAUGCCAGACAAGGACUCCCUGCAAGGCUGGGUGGGCUCGGUGUCAUCAACACGUGACGGCAACGUGCCAGGCUUGCACGUGGCCCAGGAGGCUCUGCUGACUCCGAGAGAGGAGAAGGAGGAGUAUGCUGCUGAGGCACAGUUUGUUGAAGAACGUGGAAAUGCACUUGCUAGAAAGGACCGGAAAGCCACUGCCAAACCAUCCUCCACGAAAACACGACCGGACCGCAGAGGAAAAUGAGCAUGGAGGAAGUGCAGACUAUUAAAAAAAACAAAAUAACAAACAGAAUCAUCCUCAACCUGUGACCAUGGAGCUCCGCAAAACAAAAAAGAAGAGGAGAAAAAAAACAGGAAUUAAACUUGUAGUUUUAUAAUAUUUGUAAAGAAAAAUAUCAACUAGACUAAGGCAUGACGAUACUGUUUCUUUUUCUUUUUUAUACAAAAAAAACAUAAAUGUUAGUUAAACAACUAAGAAAAAAAAAGCAACAAAGUGCUUCCUGUGAACUGUAAUCGCAUGAUGACUGCUGGUGCAUGCCCUUUUGAACUGUCAUUAUCUACAAACUGAAGGGGUACAAGGUACGGGGGCGGACCCACAUAAGGGUUACAGGCUUUUUUUAAGGGCCUACUUGCCCCCAACUGGAGUGGUUUGUUUCAGCAAGUUGAGUCCAAUAACACUACAGCCAAAAAAAAGAAGUCCCUCGAUGGAUGGUUCUCUAUACAGCUAAGCCUCUGCUGAGCCUCCCAACGCUUCUUUCACUGGACCCUUUCCCCUGUUAUUCUAAUUGUGAUAUAUGCACUCUAUGCUAUGUGGACAUGUGUCAGUGUGUGUAUGUGUGUGUGCGCGUGUAUUUUUCUCUACCGCAUGUGUUUCUUGCUUCCGGCUUGGCGCUGAGCCUUUCCCCAUGAUUGGCUUGUUGUCCCUGUAAUGUCACGGCGUGCUCAGCGCUGGAAUGAGAAAGCCGCCGUGCUGCCCUGCUCGUGACUUCUUGUCCGCGUGCGUUUUUUUACAUUUUUAAUUUGUGGAUGAAGAUCGCUCCUCAUUGUUUCUUUGGAACUCGUCCACUUUGGGUUUCAACGUUGUUUGACUGCGGAUGAGAAAUGAACCUCUAGCUCCCCUCAUGUUUUCAGGGGGAAUGUUUUCAGACAGCGGGAAUGUUUUCUUUGGAAAAAGCGUGGGUGCUCGAUUGCAUUGUACAGCAGCUCUGCGGGCACAAAGCUUGACUUUCUAUUCCCUCAAACUAUUCUGUGCUCUUCCAUUGCUUUGUUUGUUUUCUUUUUUUUCCCAGUAGCGUACUUUACCUUCACCCAUAAUCUAUCAGUAGCCUCAGUCUAUAUGCAGUCAAAUCACAGCCCUCUCCCAUCAGCAUCUAAAGGUCCUCCAAACCCUCCAAGCCCUCUGUGCUCCCUCUUUUAUCUGCUUGCAGUGGCUGUAGCGCAUCACUGUUGAAUUUUUAAGUCAAUAUUUCAAAUUGUGGUGAAGAAAACAUGAAGGAUCUAAUUCGUGUGACGAUGCCGUGAUUUGAGGAUUUCUAAGCGAGAGUGAAAUGGCAGCGAGGACAGACAGGUAGCACUGUGAUCGUCUUAUUAACACUGACCCCAGACUCGUGAACUGUCAAGACCCACAUUCAUAUAUAGCACAGGCAAAAGCACAGAAACAUAUAUGAACACAUUUCCAGAAACACACAAACAUAGAUCACACGGUUAAAUAAUUAUUGCCUGGUCAGUGUUGUUGUUGUUGUUUUUUUCUUGUUUUCUUUGGAGUUUGCCACAGCAAUAAUACACAGAAACAAAAAAAACAUGAAGAGGAGAUGGAACGGCAACUGUAAAAGACUGGUUUCCUCAGAGAAGACACAAACUGUAUCUGGAUGAACAGCAUUUGGCAUUGCAGCUCACCCUUGAAGUGAGUGAGUCAGCACGUACUGAUGCAAGAUGAGAUGACUCAGCUGUAGCAGUGCGAGACCUUGGAGGCCGGAGAGUGUUUGUGUUUCAGCACUUAACGUAGCAAAAUAUAAACCAGGAUAUCUUCAUUUCUGUUAAGAAGCUUGCUGCUGCCAUGAGGUGGAAUCCACCUAACUCUGUUUCCUUCUUCUUCUUCUUUUUUCCUGGAUAAUUCAACUUGCGUUUCUGUAAAUCAUCAGCUCAUCACCUCUGAAACACUUUAUGCAGAAACUGGUUGGCAGCAGCAUGAAGGAGUUCCAUCAUAGUAGCACGCAUUUCCUUAAAAUCACCUAUAUCUCCCAUAAGUACUGUAAAUGCUACUGUAGCCUGAAUGAGUGAGACCGGAUGAAUGAACACAUUGGUUAUACAUCACGCAAAUGCACUUACUUUCCACGCCCAGUCCAUGCACGAGAACCUCAUCGGAUAAUAGCACGUUUUCCACUGUUACUUCACUCAGGUUUUCAGUUCUGCUCUAUCAGAAAGAACAAAAGGUGUUUGUUUCUAAGUUCUGAGUCAUCCUCUCAAAGACAAAUGUGGGACACAAGUGAGUUUUCUGUUGGGGCUGUUUGAGGUGGGAUGGUGAUGCGUGGGCUUUUUUUUUGUUGUUGUUGUUUUUGUUUUGUUUUUUACUUUUUCUUGGUGGAGCAGGGUGGUUUGGUGCAAGUGUGUGUGUGUGUGUGUGUGUGUGUGUGUGUGUGUGUGUGUAGUUCAGUUGUGUGAUUCAGAUUAGACCAAAAAACACUGAGUGCGUGGUCAGUGCCAGCAUGUCUCCUUAACCUCCCUGGUGCACUGCUCCUGCUGUGACACCACUACUCAUUUUUUGUUUGUUGGUUGGUUGUUUUUUUGUCACACAUUGGAAAAAAAAAACAAAUAAAUUUUGGUGGAGCACAGGCAAAAGAUUUUCCUUUCACCAGAUAAAUAUAAAACAAUUAUCUUCUCAUAUGUAUAACUUCAAUUGUCAAUGCACGUAAUUGUGUAACCUUAAAGUCAACAAAUGACAAAGAAGAUGCCCACUCGACUUCACAGCUCCAACAAUCACUCUGUUAGUCCUUAAGACUUUUACUGUAUCAGCACAAGGAUGGGGGUUGGAUCCAGAUGUUUUAUUUCUGUGUUGAGGUUUUAAUCCUUAAGAUUUAUAUUCAAUAACAUGUAUUUUGAUGCUGUUAAAGGUCAGAGGUUUUUCAAUUUGCAUCCCUUAGUAGAGUAGUUUUAUUAUCAGCAGCAAGAAACUGGUUCAUGAAAAAACUGUGUGAAUUUAGCGGAUGUAAAGUGGUGGAUGCAUGCAACAGUCCUAAAGUUUAGUGCUAAUCCCAUCACUUUGUUGGAGCUCUGAUUGAACUGUUGCUUUUCUUUUGUAUGUGAAGAAACUUUGGAAAAACAUUUGGACUUAACUGAUAUGUUCUUUGUAAAGUGACUGCAAAUCUGGUCACUGACAUUUUAUAAAAUUUGGCCAUAGCUCCCAUAAGCUCACAGUAUGUCUCACCCACUGAUUUGCAGAGACCCACUUUGAAGCCUCAAUUUCAGCAUUUUGGUUUUUGAAUUUGUGUUUCCUUGGAACCAGAUGGCAAAGCAAGGUUUGGAUCUGGCAGGAAAAACCAAGGGACACUGCACACUUUAUCAUUUAUUUGAAUAAAAACAGGGCUAUAAUUUACAAAGUGAAUAUCCUAUUUUAUAAAAUAAUACUUUAAACUAGCAAUAUAGAUCAUUAAAUCAACAGAUUUUCUUUUAACUGAAGCAUUAAAGCAAAUGAGAAGUGGGGUCAUUUGUCCAAACACUUUGAUACAAUUUGACUUCCGAAGCCCCCUGCUGGCCAUUAUAAAGAAUGCAGGUUUAAGGCACUGGCUCGCAUGCAGAAACUGUUUCCAUCUUUUAUAGUCAGUACUCUUAAAACAUGCUUACUUCCCCCAGAGGCAGAGGUAUCAACCAGGACUACAAUCUUAAGGAUCAUAAUUUGGACUUUAAGGAGCUGUCUUCUUGCUUCACAUUCAAAAUCCUAAAAAAAAAAAAGUCUCCACAAAGCAAAACGAUGUAUGAAGUAGUUUAAUUAUGUUUCCAUACAUAGAUAAUUUGGAUUUGCCAUCUGAAUUAAACUUGUCUGUGAUCCUGUGCACUCCCCCAGUGUUUGUAUGUACAGUAUGCGAGUGUUUGUGAGUGUGGAAUGUGUGCGUGUGUAUGAUGAUGAUGAUAAUGAUGAUGAUGCUUGGUUCCAAUCCUGGUUGGAUCAGCGGGAAGAAGAUCUGAGAGGACAUGUAACCUACAGCAAUGUAUUUUAAAGAGUAUUGUAAAAUUUUAACUGUUGCAAAGAAUAAAGAUCACCUAUACUCCUUUAGAAUGGAUACAUGACAAUGUAAACGCAAUAUCAUAUUACUCUAUCCUAAGGAAUGCAACUGCGCACAUGCACAAAAAAAAAGAUGUUUUUAUGAAAAUAUAUGUAUAAAUAUAUGACAAAAUAUAUUUAAUUAGAAUGCUAUGCACCCUCAUAGAGUUGUUAUGGAUGUUCUUUAAGCAUUAUCUAGACUAGGCCGACGUCCACGUCAUGGGGAAUGUAGAGGCUUUGUAGCUAUGACCACUUGUUUUCUUUUCUUUUGUAUUGUCCCGGAGAGAGGAUAAACCAACGUGAAUAUGUAUACAAGCCUUUCAAUCAGAGUCAUUCUGACAUGAAGAUAUGUAUAGAUCAUCUUACCCUGUACACCAGCUCAAACCAUUUACAAGAAUUAAUAAACAAAGAUGUGACAUAAAUGUGGUGUGUUGUUUUCACAGCAAGUGUAUUUAAGUGCAGUCUUUUUAGACCGGCGUGGACUGUAUCAUUGAAUACAGACGUGUGUCCUGGAUGUCUGAGAAGUUACAAACAUGCAUCUUCUUAAUGUUUUAUUCGACAGAUUCAAUAAUUUUAUGCAAUAUUUAUUCCCUUCUUAUGCAUCUGAAAACUUAUGUUUGAGGAAAAUGCCCCAAAGCACUUGCACUUACACAAUACAUACAUACACGAGAACUUCAAAUAUCUCACGUCUAAAAUAUAUAAAAAUUGUUCUUUUCCCCACAAAGUAGUGAUUGAAUAAACGGGAUUGGCUUCAGCUUCUUUGAAUCAUUUGUUAUAUCAGUUUUUAGUGUUAAGCAGUUAAGUAAGAUUUCAUUUGGUCUGCCAAAUGUACAAAUAUGCACAGACUGCUAACUGUCGUGUAUGGUUAAAAGGCUGAAGAAAAGGGCAUGA